AUGCCGGCACAGAUUGGCGCCAUGUUGUGUCCUGGCACCAACAGUGAAGAUUGGUAUGCCCUGUCGUCAUUCCCCGCCAACGCAACACAUGUCAAGCUCAGACUGACCCUCAAUCACACCAGGGGCGACCUCGACCUGUAUGUUGUGAACGCAACAGAUGCCAGCGUCGCUGCCAGCUCCACCAAUGUUGCGCGGGAUGAAGAGAUUGUGCUGCCCAUUGGCGGCGUGGUCGCCGCAGAUGUAUUCGUCGCGGUUGCCUUCUACAGUGGCAGUGGGCCCAUGCAAUAUGUGCUCGGGUUGACGCCAACGACUGCUGCUGUCGCCACACGACCACCAUCGACAGCAUCAACCGCAUCGCCUGUCACCACUAGCACCGGGUGCGAACGUGACGGUAUUGGGCUCAGCAUUGAGGGUGCGCUUGUCCUUGCUGGCGACAAGCACUUGAACCUGAGCAGGAUACUGUGUGGUGGCGAGGCCAUGUGGUACCAGGUUGACGUGUGUGCCGGGUGCACCGUCGAGGCAUCCAUCGUGCCUAACUUUCGGCACGCGCACUGUGUCGUCGACAUGUACCUGUUGGCUGGAGGCGAGCACGUUGCCGCUGCAGAGCCUGUGACCAACCACACAAGCAUCAGCUACACGCCAUCCACACCCACGCCCGUGUACGUGCACAUCGACCACAGGACCGGGGACCUGGCGCACUUCCUGCUCAACAUCACGGUGUCAACCAGCGCCAACGUCACCACUGCAACUGGCACAACAGCAAGCGCAACCGCCACCCAGGCAACGCCAGAUGUGACAGCGAUGACCUCCACAACACCAUCGACAACGACUGUCAGAGGCAGGGGCAACCACGGCCCGCCGUCGCAAGCGCCCCAGCCUCCAGUGCCCACCGUUGGCGCUACACCGCCGCGUGUGACCCCGACAGUGGUAGCGCCGGCAGAUGCAAACACCCAAUGUGUUUGUCCCGCAGAGCUGCUUGACGGCGUUCUUUGGCCUGCCGUUGCUGGCUGUGGUGCACUGUCGCACGUGCAAUGCCCCUCGACAGCACGGGCGGCGACAGCAACACGACGCUGCACGGCAGCCAAUGUCCUUGGGCGCGUGAACAGCACGGCAUGCAGCAACGACCGGCUUGCAGUGCUGGCAACGCAGCCUGUCACCGCCGCCAACGCCGCCGUUGUGGCGACCACGCUCAGCGAGGAGACACAGUCAGCAGGCUUCAUCGGAGCGGCGGAUGUGACGGCGGUGGCACGUGUGCUGGAGACAAUGAGCAAUGUGCUGGGGAACACAUCUUUGGGCAGCACUGUUGUCCUGAAUAUCACAACACAUCUCGCAGCAACCAUUGACCACCUCCUGGACGUCAACGAGGCAACGCUCGGCGCAGCAGAAUCAAACAUCACACAGUCGACAUCGUCGGCAACAAUGCCUGCGCUGUUUGGAUCUGUACUCGCUCGUGCUGCGCGUGCGCUGCCCAGCAAUGGUUCCAAUAUGCAUGAAGGCGCAAACGUCGUUGUGGGCGUGUUUCGUUUCCAACACAACCAGUCAUACGUGCGGUUUCCUCCCGAGCACAGAAGCAGCACCAGUGGCAGCAGCAACAACAGCAGCAACAACAGUAAUGCACAGGCAGUGGUCAGUGCAGGCAACCUGCUACUCACUGAAUUGAUGCCCACGAACCCAACAGCAUUCUUUAGCUUUGCCGUGUACAGAUCCGCUCGCCUGUUUCAAAGCGCAGAGACCACGUCCUCGCGCUGGACAACAACGACAGUUGAUGCUGAUGCUGGUGUUGUUGGUGGUGAGAAUGCUGGUGGCGGCCAGGCUGUCAGGUUUGUGAACGGACCAGUGUUGCUCGCACAGGCCGACGGCGACAACAACACCCCGUUUAAAGGAACGAUUCGCUUUCGCAUCAACAAGACGAUGCACAUGCAAGACGCUUCGGAUGCAUGCGUAUUCUGGCAAUUUCAGAACCACAGCUCCGUGGGCGCAUGGUCUGGUGUUGGCUGCAAUGCCACGGCAAACGACCCGGCCCUUCCGCCUUCGGUUGUUGAGUGCACGUGCAAUCACUUGACCAACUUUGCCAUUAUGACGACGCCACCAGGCUACCAGCCCACGGGCAGCACCGCGCUCGCCCUCGACAUCAUCACAUACGCGGGCCUCGCUCUGUCCGUGCCCUCGCUUCUGCUGACGUUCACGGUCUUUGCGUGUUAUCGCAAGCUGCGCACGCUGGGCCGCGUGGUGAUCAUGCACCUGUGCAUCACCCUCGCGGUGGCCAUGGUGCUGCUUGUGUUUGGCGUGCAUGGAAGCCAUGACGCCAACAGAUGCGUCGCCGUCACGACAUCGCUGCACUUCUUCCUGCUCAGCGCGUUUGCCUGGAUGCUCAUCGAAGGUGUUCAUCUGCACAACAACUUUGUUGUUGUCUUCACCAGAGCCACCUCUGACACCACAGCGCACCUCCAGUACGCGGCGUUUGCGUAUCUCGUGCCCGCCCUCAUCGUCGGUGUCACCGCCUCCGCCCUGGGACCAGAGAAGUACGUGGCGGAGAACGUGUGUUGGCUUCGAUGGGACACUGGCGCCAUCUGGUCGUUUAUCGGGCCGCUGUGCUUUGUCGUUGCUGCAAACAUGGUGGUCUUUGCGCGAAUUCUUCGCUCCGUGAUCAGCGUUGGACUGGCGCGUGCCAACAAUAGACGGCAGUCCAUGUUUGUUCGCGGCGCCAAAGUGAGCGCCAGCUUCUUCUGCGUCAUGGGCAUCACUUGGGUGUUUGGCAUUCUCACCAUCUCCGGCGACAUCACCAUGCAAUACGCGUUUGCCAUCUUAAACGCGUUUCAAGGGCUGUUUAUCUUCGUCUUUCAUUGCCUGCGCGAUCGGACGGUGCAACAAACGGUGCGCGGGCGACGAGAGACGUUGCCAUCCCAGAAGGUUAUGACAUCGUCACAUCGCAUUCCGUCCACACCAAAACUGGCGAGGUUCAACUGGCAGCAGCAGUCUCGUCCCUCCUCCGCCCAAACUGACUCACGCACGUCCACCAUGGACACCCCUUUGUCACUGGCGGCGUUUGAAGAGGAGAAUUUCAGCAUACUCCCGCCGGACAAAGUGGAUCCCUCCUCCGCCCAAACUGACUCACGCACGUCCACCAUGGACACCCCUUUGUCACUGGCGGCAUUUGAAGAGGAGAAUUUCAGCAUGCUCCCAGCGGGCAAGGAUCUUGAGCUCGGAGAUGCGGAUGAAACACAAGCGCAAUGA